UAACAAUAGUAAUGGAUGAAUGAAUUGACAAUAUUGUGCCAUCCUAUUGCGUCCUCAUUCCCGCCUACAGCCUGGCAAUACGUCAAAAUGUCGACUUCACAACAAAAGCGUAUCAACGAUUAUAUGAAGUUGAGAAAACGAAUUCCGGCCAAAUCUAAGGAAAAGCGGCAGAGGAAUAAAAAAGCUCCCAACACAAAACCGGAGCCAUUUGCAUCAGAUACGUCGAUCUCCGACACUCGCAAUGCUCAAACAGAAAGAGAUAUGAAGAUCCUGAGGAUGUUUGAUUUAGAUCCCUCAUUUGGACCCAGUGUAGGUAAGAGAAAAUACCUACUGAAGCUGGUGUCAAUUUUCUAUUUUCCUUAUGGAAGGGAUUCCUAUUCUAAAUAAAGAUCACACAAUGAUAGACAGUAUCAAAAUCUUUUUCCAAAAACUAGAUUUUUCUUAUUCUUAAGAUGAUACAAACAUUUUAAACCUUUAUUUGGUCAUAUGUCGCUUCAGACGAUUAAUAGAAUGUAAGUCAUGCGUCGCACUAAAAUAACUGUAAUGGGAACUGUUUUAGACUUCUUGGUAUUUGGUACAAAAUUUUAUGAUACAACUUGGGGUAUAGGUAUGCUCUGACAAUUAAAUUUGGUUGGCAAUUUAAUAUAAUGAAGAUUCUUAUAUGACACCUCAUUAUUCCAUAUCAUAGAUUCAACAAGAAUGGAAAGAUGGGAACGUGCCAUGAAUCUUGGUCUUUCCCCGCCCAUGCAUGUCAAGAAUCUAAUCAACAGCAAUUCAAAUAAUAUCCAAUACACACAUUCCGUAUGGCAACGUCACAGCCUGCUGUCUAUACCAGACUCAUAGGAAGAAAAUUGAAAUGAAAUUAAACAUUUCUUAUCUAUGAGUAAUAAUGUUAAUCAGUCAUACAUUUUGAUACUUGUAUAUGGGUGUCUCAUACCUAAUUCUGUUUCCAAAUAUUUUAUGUGAUACAUUUUUUUUAAUUUUAUUCUUUCAAUUCAUUCACCUUUUUAUCUGUUUUUAUCACUAGUAAUUAACUUGUGAACUAGCAAUUUCUGCUAAAUCAA